AACUUUGAUCAGAGUAUUUAUUUAAUAGCCGUAGUCUGAUGAGCUGCUUAGAAGUGCAGACGAACGACAAAAUAAAAAGUUUGUUGAAAGUGGGAAUAAUUAUAUGGUCUGUUGAAUAGAGUAACAGAAGGGAAAAUGUCCCUCGGUCCUUUCUUCCGACUGCCAUUUACUGACCUUACGGGCUGUAUGGUCAACCAUCAACACUAUUCACGAUGUGCCGGGUUUGAAAUGAAAAUGAUGGAUUGUUUGGAGGCUUAUGGUGUUGAGAGGGGAAAGGAGAAGUGCAAGACAUUAAUUGAAGAUUUCAAAGAGUGUGCAUUGCGAACUAAACAGAAACUCCGUAUUCGAGAAAUGAGAUUAGAGCGCCACCGACAGUACUUUGCUGGGGAACGUCCACGAGAAGAACUUUAUGCAAAACCACCAACAGAUGAUAGUUUUUAAAGAGCAAAAGUAUGAAAAAAUAGUGUUAAUUUUAAAAAAAUCACUGAAAAUAAAAUCAUGAUUUGUAUCUUGUAGUUGUGAAUAAUAAAAUAGGUGUUUCCAUAAGAAUA